AUGAAGACUCAUACCAAUAAUAUAUCUGAGGGGAUUCGACAUCUGUCAUUGUCCGACAAGGCAAUAUUAGAACAAGAAGUUCCAGGUUUUCUAAGAAAGGAAAACAAUCUACGAACUAUAAUUUUCCCUAGUGAAUUGCAAGGCCUUGCUUGUGAAUCUUUUGUCAAUACAUGUAUCUCUACAUGUAUUGCCAACUUCGAUUGGGGUUUGAAGCAUUUGAGGCGUCUCAAUUUAAGUUAUAGCAGAGUUAGGAGACUGCCUGAUUCUAUUUUGAAGCUGCACAAUUUGGAAACUUUGUUACUUAGUAAUUGUUUAGAACUUGAAGAGUUGCCAAGAGGCAUAAGGAACCUAAUUAAGUUGAGAGUUUUAGUAAUAACAGUAAAACAUAAGUAUUUACCAGAAGAUGAAAUAGGGUGCUUAACUUCUCUUCAGCUUUUGACUAUUGAAGCUUGCACCAAUCUUGAAUUUUCGAUUGAAGGAAUGCAACGUGUAACAUCCUUGCGUUUCUUGGAGAUUUGGGACUGCAAAAAUUUAAUUUCCUUGCCUCGGAAUUGGAAAUACUUAUCUGAAUUGGAGGUUUUGAGUAUCAACAAUUGCGUUCAGCUGAAUUUGAUGACAGAAGAUGAGAACCAAGACGUCAAGGUGAGCUUUCGAUCUUUGAUGCUUGGAUCAUUGCCACUGCUCGUGACCUUACCCCAAUGGCUUAAAAAAUCUUUCAACACUCUACAAAGACUAACAAUUUAUACUUGUGAAAACUUCUCCACAUUUCCGGAGUGGUUCCAAGACUUCACUUCUCUUAAAAAGAUUUUGAUCGAAGAUUGUCCAAAGUUGUUGUCACUACCGGAGGGGAUGCAUCGUUUGACUACCUUGAAGGAAUUGAUAAUCAUAGGAUGUCCAACACUGCGUAAAAGAUGCAAGAAGUUUGUAGGUGAGGAUUGGCAUAAGAUAGCUCAUGUUCCGAAGAUUUAUAUUGAUGAUGACGAAGUUGAAGAUGAAGAUGAGGCAUUAUCAACUGCUUAG